AUGGAUUCACCUUCCCAGGACCAGUCCUGGAUGCUGCAUGUUCAGAGAGUCAAUAUCGCCGCGGGCGACGAGCGUUUCCAGCAGCGUGGGACGCGCUCACUCAGACCAACAACCGUGGCCACAGUAAUCAAGCGCUGCAUUGGGUGCCACCCGCCCGCCGUUGUCGAUAUUCACGCAAAGCAAGGCCGAUCGUCCUCGUCAAGCGCACGCUGGGCUGGACUGCCACUCAACGGCUGCAGCGCUGUCCUGCACCUCUCCGCACGCGGUGCAAGCCUCAGAUGGCUCGGCGUCAGGGUCAGACUCGAGGCGGGUAACGGAAGUCAAAGCGGUUCACUCAGCCUUACCAGCCAUUCCACGCCAGUCCUUGUCCUUGCGCCUGGGCAAAUCACACGUUCCCCACGCGCCGCCAGGCCCUACCUCGCUUGCGGCCAUUCAUCAGGGUUUAGUCACACUCGAUGGGAGCCCGUCCAUGUCUGGUCGGGCGCCUCGCGGUGA